AUGGUACACGCCGAGUGUGUUCCUCUAGUAGCAGGAGAGAAUGACAAUGACAAUACUUACCUCCCAACAAUUCGACUGGACGAAUAUUUCGGCCAAGAAAUGGUAGAUGGAAUUCCCACAGUAACAGCCGAAGACUAUUCCGAUCCUGACUACGACGAUUUCUUUGACGCCAUUAUCACCAACGGCGAACCCUUGAUGACCGCCGAGGAGGUGCAAGCACAACAAGAAGAAUCACAAUCCACCGACACUUCCUCCUGUGCCUUGGAAGAGUCAUUGCCAACCAUUAAUCAGGAAACCCGCAAGAAUCAUUAUUCCAAAGUCCGUGCCGAAUACGUGUCGGCCAGCUUUAUCCGCAGCCGUGGCGAUUGUUGGUCGCUCGGGUUGAAAAUCCACAUGAACAAGAAACAUCCCACGAUUGCGCGGAUUACUCCCGGCAGUCCCGCGGCACGGUCUCCCCUGCAAGUGGGAGAUCGCUUGAUGAGUAUUAAUCACUAUUCCUGCUUCCGAAUGACCCACAACCAACUCCAAAACGCUCUACAAGCACCCGGGAUGAUUACCAUUGUCGUACGAAACAAGGGCGGUGCCCCGGAUGUCGUCGAGAGUAUGCUCACCAAACUCGAUGCCAACACCAAGAUUGGCAUUGGUGUUCGCAAGUCCAGUGAAUUCUUUGGAGCACUGGAAAUUGGAACCAUCAAUCCACACUUGGGUGCCAUGCAUUCCUUGUUGAAUCCCACUGAUUUGUUGCUGGCCAUUAACGGCGUCAGUGUCCAACAAUAUGCCGUUCAAGAAGCGGUACAAAUGAUUGCCAAUUCCACUCACACCGUCACACUCAAAGUCAAGACGCGACACGAAACAGGAGUCGUGCUGGGUGAAGAAAAAAUCGAUUGCAGUAUUGUGGAAAAACCAACCGCAAAGACACAACCUCAAGCACAACAACAGCAGCGCAGCACUACCACUCCCGCCAUUACACGGUGGUUCCAGGCAUUGCAACACCAACUCGAACUUCCCAGUGAACUUCCCAGUGAGCCUACCGGUGCUAGUAUGGUUCUCCUUGGAACCGCCGUGCCAGCACAAUAG